GAUACGAGUACGUGGAACUUUCACAGCUGAACUGGGCGGCGAGAGAAAAUCUAAAUAAAUGUAGUGAAUUAUUAAUUAAAUAGAAUAAUAAUCAAUAGUGUGUAACAAAUAUUUAGUCAAUCUUGUGAAUGUAGUUAAUCAUUUCAAUGGCUCGAAUCUCGUUUUAAAGUGUGCACGCAAGAAGAAAAAGAAAAAUCGCAAUCAAGGAAACCCGAUAAAUUGAGGCUGAGGCGAAACAAGAAAGCAACAACAACAACUAGUACAACAAGAGUACCCGAUACAACGAAAGAGUGGCCAUAAACAGCUGGAGCAAAGUGCACCAAACAAACCUUGUAAGCCCAGCUAAAUAGCCUACGUUGGUAGCGAAAAUCGUAGAGACAGCCAACAAACACAAAAGCAAUGGCACCAACACGACGACCCAGCGAUGGUUUGUUGGCGAGAGUAAAUUUUCCACUUUAUGCCAUUGAAAUGCUGACCAGCCGCCAUGUACUGGUUGCAGGCGGUGGUGGUUCAGCUAAAACAGGCGUAGCAAAUGGCUUUGAAAUCUACGAAAUCUAUCACAAUGGCACGCAUUUUUGCGCGGAAGAGGUGGUGCGACACGAAACCGGUGCCAAUGUGGUUAUGAAUUUUGCCGUGCGCAAUGAUGGACGACGUUCAUAUUUGUGCGCAGGCCAAGAGUCACACUGUCAAUUAUACUUCGUCAAUCCGCGCAUAGUGUAUGAGGGGCAAGAUGAGGCGACAGCAACAGGUACAGAGGAGAAACGACAAAAAGGUAAUGCUGUAGCGGAACAUGUAAACGAAAAUGGUGUACGUAGACGGCCCACAGUUGCAGGACCACAAGGAUCGGGUGUGCAAGAUCUGCCAAAUGGGCAUGCUAUGGGUGCCUCGAAAAAAGAUGCCGAUAAAAAUGCCAAUUUGAAGCGCAUACGUUUUGAUAUCAAAGCGUGCGAUUCGGUGCAAACCGAUUUCCUAACAUCCGAACCGCUACAACGGGUUGUGCGCAUCAGCCCAAAUGGACGUUUGAUGGCGACCGGCGGUACAGAUGGUCAUUUGCGAGUAUGGUCGUUUCCACAAAUGAUACAGUGCAGUGAUGUUGCCUCCCAUUCGAAGGAAAUCGAUGAUUUAGACUUUAGUCCCGACUCGAAGUAUGUUGUUACCAUUUCGAAAGAUGGCAAAGGUUUGGUGUGGGAUCUAGCGAGCAUGAAACAACAUAGCCAGCUUAAAUGGGCUACACCAGAGGGUUCCAAAUAUCUGUAUAAACGCUGUCGGUAUGGCACCAUCGAGGCGCAACGUGAUAAAUAUCGACUCUUCACAAUUACUAAUCCCUUCGGGAAGGUAGGUAAGCAGCGAGGUUUUCUACAGCAAUGGGACUGCAUUAGCGGGCAGCUAAGGAAUGCAGUGCAAAUCGAUGAGAGUCUAGCAUCGUUGGCUGUGCGUGACGAUGGGCGUUUUGUGGCGGUGGGCAGCAUGUUUACGGGUACCGUUUCCAUCUACAUUGCUUUCAGUUUGCAGCGCGUCCUACACAUUCCUAGUGCGCAUUCGAUGUUCGUGACCGGUUUACAAUUCUUACCCAUUACAAACGAAGAGGGACCGCCAAUUUCAAGCGAUACCGAAGCGGCGGUGCUUUCUAUAUCCGUUGACAAUAAAGUAUGCAUUCAUAGUCUGCAGCAACGACGUACGAUACCCGCUUGGGUAGCAAUACUACUCAUAAUUGUCGUGCUGUUUGGCGCCUUUGUAUUUUGCUCAUACGUAGGCAUUUAGAAAAUAUACAUAUAUAUGUGGCAUUUAAUUAAGUAAACCCAAAGUAGAAUUAUGUGGAAGUAAGGAAACGUAAACUAACUGGACCGUUUGUUGAAAACUUCGGCGUUACUACACAUGUGCGUGCGUAUGGUUCAAAAUAAGCAACAACAAAAUAAUAAAAUAAAACAAUAGCAUCUAUCAACUGUUUGUACAGUUACUUUAUUUCGAACUACAAAACUUAAGUAUAUUCAUGUUCAAUUAAGUUUAAGUGCUUUCACUAGUUUGCCUUAUCAAACAGCAGAUACCGCGGAAACAGCUUGAUUUAAAAAACGUAUACGUUAUUCAUUCAGAAUGACAUCGUCAUUUUCUUAAAUUGCGUACGGCGGGCGAAUGGGCCUGAAUUUAUUGAAUUGUAAUUAUACUUAUUGCCUAAAAUAAUAGGAGCAAAAAAUAAAUUAGGUAUUUCAAUGUACUGGUAAACACGAAUCGAUUUAAUACAAAAAAUGCGAAAGCGAAAAAUUUACGGUUACAUGAUUAUGUAAAAAUAAAAAGUUGUAAACUA